AUGGCAACAACAGCUGGAGUGUUAGUUCUUGAAGAAAUUGAAACUGCUGAAUUUAGCAGGACAAUCAGUCCCCUGUUGCUCCUCUUAUUAACAGUCUGGAACCUUCAAAAACCCACCUUGUGGGCUGAACCAAGCUCUGUGAUUGCCUCUGGGAAUGAUGUGACCAUUUGGUGUGAGGGGACCAAGGAAUCCAGAAUAUAUUUCCUGUAUAAAGAAGGAAGCUCAGCACCCUGGGACAGUCAAACUCCCAAAGAUCCUGGUAACAAGGCCAUGUUCUCCAUAGCAUCUACAGAAAAGCAUCAUGCAGGGCAAUAUUGCUGUUACUCUUACAAAUCUACAGGGUGGACAGAGCGCAGUGACUCCCUGGAGCUGGUGGUGACAGGUGUCCAUGGUAAACCUACUCUGUCCGUUUUUCCCAGCCCUGUGGUGACCUCAGGUGGGAAUGUGACCCUUCAGUGUGUCUCAUCCAAAGGAUACAAUGGGUUCAUUUUGACUGGAGAAGAUCUGAAGUUCUCCAGGUCCCAAAAGGCACAGUUAUUACACACUGGACAGUCCCAGGCUCUGUUUCCUCUGAUCUCCAUGACCGCCAGCAAGAGUGGUCCCUUCAGAUGUUAUGGAUACUAUACAAAUACUUCACAUGUGUGGUCAGAGGCCAGUGACCCUUUGGAGAUACAUGUCUCAGCCUCACAGCCCCAGGAUCACACCGUGGAGAACCUCAUCCGGAUGGGCAUGGCUGGCUUGAUCCUCAUAGUUCUUGGGAUUUUGCUGUUUGAGGCUUGCCACAGCCAGAGAAGGACCUUAAGUGCAUCCUAG